AUGGGCGAUUUUAACACAGACCUCCUUUCCGAAAAUUCCCUUCGCUCCCGUAAACUCCUCGAAAUUAUAAGGUCCUCAAGUCUUCAUGUUCUUCCCCUUCAAGCCACUCACCACAUCAUUGACGGACAUGAUACCUGGCUUGACCUUAUCCUUUCUUCGAGUCCUUCCUUGGUCUCAGCCUCCGGACAACUUCCUGCCCCUGGUUUUUCCCACCACGACCUCAUCUUCCUCUCGUACAGCCUUAAACCCCCUAAACCCCGUCCUAGGGUACUGCACUUGCGUUCUUUUGGCCGUAUGGAUGUGGAGAAAUUGCAUAGGGAUGCUUCUCAUCUAAAAUGGGACGACUUGUAUAGUGCACCUAACAUCGACACUAAAGUCAACAUUUUUUGCAGGCUAAUUAAGGACUUGUACGACAUACAUGCCCUGGUCCACAAAGUUAAAAUCAAACGUCUGCCUGCUCCUUGGAUGACCAGGGGAGUUCGCAUGAUGAUGCGGCGACGGGAUAGGUUGUUUCGCAGGUUUAGGAGGGAGCGUUGUGAAAAUAACUGGCGCCUAUUUAAAGCUGCAAGGAAUAAGUGUAACCAGGUGAUACGUAACGCCAAACGCCAGCACAUUCUCAACAAUUUAUCUUCCUCCUCCCCUGUCGAUGUCUGGAAGUUCCUCGGUUCUUUGGGCAUUGGCAGGAUGAGGAACCUGGACAAUCAGUUCACUCUUGGCUUGGAUGACAUAAAUGCACAUUUCUCUACCACUUACCCCAUGGACCAACAAGCCAUGAGUCGUACUUUAAGGCAGCUGUCUGCAUUAACCCGGCCUAACAUUCAAGCUUUUUCAUUUUCACCAGUAGCCGAAGAUGACGUCAAAAGGAUUAUCCUCUCCAUCAAAUCCAACGCUGUAGGGGCUGACGCCAUCAGCCGUCGCAUGAUCACUCCCAUCCUAGAAUUCCUGCUCUCUCCGAUUUCCCAUAUUAUAAAUUUUUCCCUCUGGUCUGGUCAAGUUCCCGAACAAUGGCGUAUGGCGUACGUCAUUCCUUUACCAAAAGUCCCCAAUCCUACCUUGCCUAGUCAUUUUCGUCCUAUCUCCAUACUCCCAUUCCUGUCCAAAGUGUUGGAAGCUUGUGUCCAUAAGCAACUGUACCUGCACAUCUCGCGGCACCAUCUUUUAAACCCGCUCCAGUCUGGUUUCAGGCCUGGUCACAGCACAACGUCCGCUCUUCUUAAAGUUACUCACGAUAUUAGGGCGGGCAUGGAGGAUACUAAGGCUACUGUCGUGGUACUGGUUGAUUUCUCGAACGCCUUUAAUACCCUUUACGUGCAGGCUAGUGUGGGGGACAUUUCCAGGGCGAUAGACUUGAUCAACGAAGACCUUGAUCACGUCCGGGACUGGUCUGAGAGGUUUGGUCUGGUGGUGAACCCCUCUAAGUGCCAAUCGAUUAUCGUAGGCAGUCAACGCACGCUUCGCAGAUUGGAGGAGUUAGCCGUUCCCCCCAUCGUAUUCAAUGGCUCAAUUAUUAGCGUCAGCCAAACUGUAAAAAAUCUUGGCCUGCUCAUGGACUCAUCACUGAGUUGGCAAGCUCAGGAUCUUUUUCGAUUUUUGGCGGGCGGGCUCGCGAGCAACAGCUAG